UUGCAUAACCGCUCAGCCAAAUGUUGUACAUACAUGGGUCUGUUGCUCUCAGAUUCUCUUAUUUUUAUACUUUGCCGAGUUCACUGAAAAUAAGAGUGGAGUGAUGCAGUGUAAAUACCGUAAAUCCUUGAAUUAGCGCCUCCCCUCAAACAAGUGCCUCCUUCGAAUAAGCGCCCCUCCUAUCAGCCAAAAUUUAAAAUAAGCGCCUCCCCUCAAAUAAGGACCCCCCUCCCCCUGUUUUACGGAAGAGUCUGAGACAACAAAGAAUGUAUAGGUUUGGUGGUGUCCAAUCACAAGCAAGUGAUUAUCAACUCAUUCAGGCACUGCAAAUUGACCGUCGGAAUGGAUUGUAGCAAAGAUCUGCUGAUUCAUUGCCUAAAACCCAACCAACCAUGUGCAGCAGGCCUAGACCAGCUAAAGCGAUUAAAUUACGUGAUUCUUCAAGAGAGACAGGACCCUCCUGAGACUGACCACCAUUUGGGAAAAUUAAAUAAGCGUCCCCCUCAAUUAAGCCCUCCCCACACCCCGUCUGCUCCUAAAUUUGAAAUAAGUGCCUCAAGUGCUAAUUCGAGGAUUUCCGGUAGUAAUUCUCCAUUCCAUGGCUUGUACGUUUUCCAGGAUACACCGAAAUGCCUUAAGCUGUAAACCAAGUCGUGUUCCACAAAUUUCCCACUUCCUGCCCCUCAAUCACCAUUUAAAAAUGAUCAGUACUAUUGGCAUAAAAUCAGACUGUUAAUCAAAAUACAAUACCACAAACCUAGAAAUUCGGCUAUCACUUUAAGGGCCUCGCUUUAAGGGAAAAACAAAAAUUAUUCGGGUGUGUAUAAAUUCGUCUUUGUCGGCAAUAACGAGUGUUUUAUUAAGGGGGGGGGGGAACACACUUUUAUUGAAAACAGGAGGGUGAGAAUAUGGCACGUGAAACAGAAAAAAACAAAUGAAAAUUCACGGCGGGAGAAAACCCAACAUAGGGCAUGGUGUGCGAAAUUAAAAUUGCCUUCACCACAUCAGCACGUAUCACAGUCGAAUAUUUACUCUUACAAAGUUGUGAUCCUAAAUGUAAAUAAAAAACAGCUUCCAUAUUACUUGUACUAUUAAUGCUAACUGGAUGGUGCCGUCGCACUAAUGAGUAAAGUUAUUGUAUGCAAAGUGGUUUAAUAGAAACGCUAAAUUUUUCUUUCAUUAUUGUCUUUCAAUAACAUGUCAGUAGCACAUUUUUUCUUGCUUUUAUUUUGUCUCUUUGUUGCUCCAUUCUGCUAACAUGCGGUUUUGAAUAACCUCUAAAGACAGUGAAACGUGCUCAAUGAGCACAACUCAUUUAUGAUUACAUCUCUAAAUUAAAACCAACUUGAAACACGCUGCCGGCUUCCAUGGCAACGCAUCUGGCCGUCACAAAUGCAGGCUGUGUUGAAUUAAUUUGCAGUUGAGCUAUUUUCGAAAUCCGCUUCAAACGGCGACCAGCGAAUAACAAGUUAUUGGCAAAAAACCAUGCUAUGACAUUAUAGAAUGGACGCUUUUGUGCCACGGCGUAAACGUAAUGUGUUUGAAGGGGACGAAAUCAAACGUCAGCUGGUUGUGGUAAACAGACUGAUGGGCGUGGCUUGAAGAGUUUGACACGCGCGACACAUCUGCUUGAUGCGCGGUAACGCAUGAGGCACAAUAACCUUCAAAUUUGUAAUUGCUUCAAAUUAGUUCUUAAGGAUAGCCAAUCACAAGACACUUAGGCGUAACAAUGUGCUCGGGUUGAGGGACACAAAACACAAGCAUCGAAAAAUACGGCUACUGGCAAAAUUACGCGCCAAACGGAAUCCAUUCAAAGUGAUUUGCGGCUGGCAAAUAUGAUCGAAGCGGCGCAAUGAAAACGCAAAACCUUCGAACGAUUCUGCUCACGGUAUGCUGUGUGUCGUAUCUUUUAGUCGGCGCGGCGAUUUUCAGCGCCUUAGAAUACGACGAGGACCAAGAGAUGCGUAAGAACAUGACAAUCCUACACAACACGCUGACUAAGAAGUACAACAUUAGCGAAGAGGACGUCAAAAAAUGGCUUCAAUACCUCGACAGCAAAGCGAAUAUCGACGCUGAUUUAUACCAGUGGAGCUUCGCAGGGUCGGUGUAUUUCGCGACAACGGUCAUCACGACCAUAGGCUAUGGGCACACUGUUCCCAAGACGGACCGUGGAAAGAUUUUUUGUAUGAUUUAUGCGGCGGUUGGAAUUCCACUCGCGCUAACGAUGUUUCAGUCGAUCGGCGAACGGUUGAACACGUUUCUGGCGCACAUGUUUCGACGAGUCAAGAAAAAGUUAGGGAUGAAAAACACCGAAGUGUCAAACACGGCGAAUCUUGUGGUACUCUUCGGGUUGUUAUCAAUGGUUGUCACAGUGUGCUCUGGAGCGUUCAUAUUCAGUCACUACGAGAAGUGGUCAUAUUUUAAAUCGUUUUACUAUUGCUUUAUAACAGUCACAACGAUUGGAUUUGGCGAUUACGUGGCCUUGCAAGAUAGCAGAGAGCAACGAUUUGACGACACUUACGUGGGAAUAUCUCUCCUUUUUAUCUUUUUCGGUCUGACUAUUGUAGGCUCAGUAAUGAAUCAGUUAGCGUUAAGACUAUUAACUGCUAGUCAAACCAAAGAACCGGCAGAGAACCUUAUUGGCGAAGGGCCGUGCGUGUGCGAGAAGUGUAGCCGACUUGGUACUUCACGGGACUCUAUGAUUUUCGAUCGAUAUUCUACGGAUUAUACGACAACACUGCUGAAAAACUUCGAGGAAGAGAUCACAUUUACAACGUAUAAAGGCCUGCAUCGGAAGCGCGCUUCAAUUUAACGCGACUCCAGUAUGCAUUACAUUCAACACAAGCGGCGAAUUUAAGCCGCUCGUCUUAAUCAAAACGGUAAGGAGAAGUUUUCAUGAUACUGGGUAUUUUUCGACAAUGUAAAUAGAAAGCUUUCUCUUAGUUUGGUCUACGGAACACCGCUUAUUUCCUCGGUUAUCAACCACGAAGCGGCGCAAAUGAUUUCAGCGAUAGUUUAAUUGCAGGCUCGUUUAUUUACGGUGUAGCAAUGAGUUAGUGCCGUUUUGAAGAGCCAGUCUUUAGAUGUAAACCGUCCGGGCGUCCUCACAACCGCACAUUUAAUUGGCAGAUAUUUGUUGUUUGAAACGGGGUUUUUUCACUCAAAGUCGCUUUCCUUUGGCUCGAAACGAGAGCUAAUCACCUCUAAGGCUACGCUAAGCGCCGAUAAGAUUUAGGAUAGUUUUACAAAGUAAAAUCAAUCAAACAAAGUGAUUCGAGCGGGUGAUAGCAAAAAAGCCACCUGUUAUAGCCCCGUAUGAAAGUUUAAUUAAUAAAAUUCAUUUGUAUGCAGACAAAUUUAUCUUGUUGUGGAAGAAAAAUUUAGAGUGAAAGACUCUACAAGAAAAGCUAACGGAUUGUGCUUCCAAUCUGCCUGGCUAGCGAGAACGCGAUAGUGGGAGGAUAAAGACCUUUUAAAUACGAAGCAAAUUUGUCGAGGAACGCCCGGUCGAAGCGAGUCUCGAGUUAGUUAUGUGAAUAUUUUAUGACGCGGGGUUUUCACAUGAAACAAUUCCUCGUCGAGAUGAAAUGGAUUUUGUAAUCAUUUUGUACCAUGAAAAAAAAAAAAGAAAAAGGAAAUAACUGUCGUUUCAAUUUCACAAGGAAAAAAAAAUCCAUUUCUUAAUGAUUUCUCAUUUGUAAGUAUAUAUAAAAAAUAUCGUUCAACUCACGUUUGUAAAGAAUAUUUUUUAUAGUUUACUAAGAAACGUCCUAGAGUGUUUUUUGACAGAGUAAUUGAGGUCCAGACUUUUUCGGAUACGAAAUCGUUCCUGUAUUGUAGGAAGGAUCUCUCCUGAAAUAAAUAGCACUUUAUGUAUUAACUGCGAACUUUAGAGCGAAGAAAAAAAUAUGUGAAAUUAAAACUUUCUACAAAACAAAGACCAGUCUAGGUUUUGUCUUUAUUAUUGUUAUUAUUAUGCAGGAAAGGUGCUCAAAAUGUAAAUACGCCGAGAUCCCGCUAAGGUAUUCAAAUCACCGGGCCAAAUAACACAAGUAUAAUUUUCAAUUUAAACUCUAAAAUCGACCCGAAGUAGUGUCGCGUGCCGCAAUAAUAAAACGACAACUGCCUUUCAGAAGCAAAGUUUUAAACCGACGAAAACCUCGCAAAUUGUGAUCUGAUCAAAAAGCCCGAAGGUUCGCAAAAUUUACUAUCGACUUCGCCUAGCAUAACUUCCUUUCUCAAGAAAAAAAAUAAUACCAGAUACGCUUGAAAGCGAACACGUAAAAUUCUGUUUUCGCAAAAAUAUAAAUGUAUACAUAUAUCUACUUUUUAACAUCGAAUUUUCGUGUGCCAUGGCGUGUUUAACUUCUGCUUUCUGUUUCCUCUUCCACAAACAACUGUUCUAGUUAGUGUUCACCGUCGACGGUGUUAGCCGAUUUAAUGAAAACGUUAAUUACACGUUUUUUGGCGUAAAACGCGUCGCUGUGGUAACUUAAACGAACUUUACUCGAGGCCAAAAGAGAAGCCUCAUUUCCGCAGGGGUAAAAAAAAAACCGCGGACAUUUUGGGUUUCUUUUUUUUUCUGUAAAAAAUAAAAAAGGAAUAUACGUAUAUAUUUCAAACGGGUUGUAUCGAUGAUAUAAAGUCAAGAAAAGUCAUAAAGAAUUCUAAUUUCAAGUGUAACGCUAACAUCGCUGAUUCAUAAUACUACGAGGUAAAGAACUUUUCCUAGAGCUGUAAAACAAUGCUUCUCUAGAUGUUUGGUCUUUGCAAAACAACGACAAGCACUGAUGUAUUCUUAGGUACAUUUUGACAAGGGGGUAAAAAAAACAAUUCUGUACAAAGUACUCUCAAGUGACAUAUUCUCAAAGUCGCCAAUUGUACUUUAGCUAGUGCAUUCUGGCGUUUUAUUUUUCCAAACACUGUAUUGUGAACAGUAAUAUUUACUACAUUCCAUCAUCAAUUAUUUAUCGCUCCGUUUGAAGGAGUUCGGCUUUUUCGAUAAAACUCCACCAAGGUGCUAACAGAUUCCAUUGUACGGGCAUUCUUUUGUUUUGUUUUUUAUCCAAAAUGUACUGUACGUUUUUUUUUCUGAAGUUGUUUUGUUCCGUGCGCCUAAACGACAGUAUUUUGGAUCGAGGUGUUAUGUUUAGGAAGAACGAUUUCGAAAGGACACUACACAAAA